GGUUUUAAUAUUUUAUACGUCUUUUAUUGGGAGCACGGAAUCGGGUAAAAAUGACUCGCUCGCGUGCGCAUAUUGGAGGCGCAUCGACAAUCUAAAUCUCUCCGUGGACUUCCUGGCUAUGCUCUUCAUAAAAUUAAUUAGAAGUCCUCGUCAAAUCAUGAAACCUUAUCGGUAGUUUGGCUAUGCCUUACUUCAUUUAAUCCUCGCUUUAACUGCACGAUAAACAUGAGCACCGAGGCUGGCCAGCAGAUUCCGGGCCGCAGGGCCCUGAUGCCCGGCUGGAUGAAAAGCCACAUGGACAGACUCAACACGGUGGCUAAUCUGGACGACAUGUGCAGCUCCCCUCCCGAGACCGAGUCGGGCUUUCUCCGAGACAUGCCUCUCACCCGCAUAACUACUCCACCUGCUUCACAGACCCCUGCUGGGGCACCAACUAUCCGGGUGAGUGGCGUUGGCAAGUGUGAUCUGCCCCGACUGGCCUCUGAGGAUGCCUUGCGGCACCAAGUGCUGAGCCACCAUGGACCAAGCCUACAGAGCCUGGGGCGCGACAGCGGAUCGGGCAGUGAAUCUGCCCACACAACGCCCUCUGCCACGCCACAAAGCUCUCCGUCGCUGGUACGGCGCGUGGUGGCAGCAGACUUGACAGCAGUGGGUGUUCCCGUGGUGGAUGGUAGCCGGCUGAAGCCCAAGAAGAAGCCACCAGCGCGCUUUGCUGUCACCAACUUUGAUCUUAAUGCGGUUAGCCCUACCUCGUGGUGAGGGUGCGCAGUUGCCAGAGUAUGAAUCCAGCCAGGAUGGUACAAGAAUAAAAAGAAUUGACAGUUGCAGCUUCAGUGCCAUGGGCCUACUUGACCUGAGUGCACUUGUC